CAUGUUGAUAUUGUCAUACUUUAUCUUUAGGUAGAUAUUAAAUGUCUUUUAUAAAUCUUUAUCUGUGAGAAAUAUGUCGUACCGUAAACUGGCACAAGAUAUGGAUAACGACGGAAUAAGUGAAGUGACUGAUACAACACAAAUGCGUUUAAACUCCACCUCAGAUGCAAUUGGAGAUCAGCUGGCCAAGAAUAUUGCCCUUGAUCUUGGUUCAAAAUGGCAGAACUAUUGUUGCAAUCAUCGCGUUGAAAAACACAAAACGGAUAGUUAUAGAAAAGGACCAGCUCCGAUAGACGAAGCUGAGGCGAUGAAAAAAUCCGUAGCAAAAGCAACUUAUGGUACAUUAGACUCUGACGUAGAAGAUUUAGAAUUUGAAGAAACUCGUUUAAAUGGAACCGUAGAAAAUGACAAUCCAUAUAACAAAGUUAGAGCAAAAACAAAUGCAAAAGGUGAUUCUUUGGCCAGUUGUAGAGCGUUGAUUGUUUACUUUUCAAAGCUUGCAAAAACCAAAGAUGACGACGAAACAGUAGAUUUGAAUUUUGUUGAUUCGUUACUUCAAAACGGUGCUGAUAUUAACUUUUCUGACAAACAUGGUCAAACUUGUCUGCAUGAAAUAUCUCGAGGCUGGCACCCAGAUGUUGCAAAGUUUGCUUUGCAACAUGGCGCAGAUGUAAACCGAGCAGACGGACAUGGACGAACACCGCUUCACCUUGCUGCCGCUGUGGACUAUGAUGAUAUGGUAGAAUUUCUUGUGCAUAAUGGGGCUAAUCUCGGUGCGAAGACCAAGGGUGAACUCCAAACGCCCAUGCAUUAUGCCGCGAAAAACAACGCCGCUGCUUCGCUUAAAGCUAUGCUUCGUCUUGGAGCGCAUAUAAAUGACCGUGACUAUAAACGAAGAACACCGCUGUUUGUUGCAGCGGAAACUGCACGUGCCGACGCAGCGCGGUUUCUGAUUGAGCAGGGUGCACCAGCUGGUGUGUACGACGUGAGUGGGACACCCUGCUUAUCUUUGAUGAUUGAAAAGAUGCCACAAAUUGCCAUCGAUGCUGUUGAGCAGUUCCAUUUGUUAGACCGGGCGUUCCGUAAACACUACUAUUACCUGAGUUAUCUCGAGCGCGAUCCCAAGUUUUUGGCUAAUCCGAUUCCAGAGAGCAAACGGGAACAGAAAGAACAGAAAGAGAGAGAAAAGGAAGAAAAAAAGUUGAUGAAAGAAGCUGGAGGGAAGGUGAAAAAGAAGGAGAAGACGUAUGCAAAAACUCCUCUUGAGGUCAUUGUCCAAUACAACCAACUUGAUUUGGUCAUGCAUCCGGUCUUUCAACGCAUUCUUCACGUGAAAUGGAAUAUGUUUGCCAAAUGGGGAGCGUGGUGGUUGGUAUCCAUAAAUCUGGCAUACACAUUAAUUUGGACUAUACUUGGUAUCUUGAUACCACGUGAUCGGAAAUAUUAUUCACCUAUAACCAGCAACUGGUGGCGAUUGGUUCUUGAGUUGAUUGGUGUCAUAUUGACUGGCUAUUUUAUUUUUAUGGAAAUAUCACAACUACGGCUGACGGAAAAAGUUCAUAACCGUUGGCGUCAAUGGCGGACACGUCACGUGGAGAAAGAUUUGCAAUACUGUCACCCGAGGUGGCCAGAAGAGAAAAAGUACCUGGAAUCCGAGUUGGCGCAAAUACGAACGUUCCAGCGCACGUAUUUUCGCGAGCCGUGGAAUAUUUUUGAAUGGAUAGCCUACUUUGUCGUGUUGACGCUCGUGUUGACGCGCAUCAUGUCGGUUGCGUCUAACAACAAAACGGCGGAGGAAAUCCAUCCAAGGAUCUACGCGUUGGGUUUAAUUGUGAUCUGGUUGAGAUUCAUGAGGUCUUGUCGAGCGUUCAGAAGUCUUGGUCCUUUUAUUGCCAUUUUAGGAUCCGUGAUCGCCGAUACGAUGAAGUUCGCUUUUCUCUUUUUUGAGUUCUUCAUACCGUACACUGUUGGCUUCUGGAUAUUAUUUGGUGGUCCGUUGCAUGGUAAAAAGAUGGGAGAGGAGGCUAAAGACUGGGAAAAGUUCAAUGACUUAACGUUCUCUGUUUGGAGUAUGACAUUGAUGGGCGACUUCAAUUGGGAUGGCCUAGUCAUCAUUGAUCGUUUGAUGGCGCAGAUACUAUGCGGCUCGUACUUCGCGCUAGCUGGUGUUGUCUGUAUGAAUCUCUACAUUGCGUUACUUUCCGACACGUUUGCACGGGUCUACGCGCAAGCUCAGGCGAAUGCCGUCAUGCAACAAGCACAGACCGUCAUCAUGUUAGAGGGAAAGUUGAAAAAGGAGAAGAAGUUAAAGUUUGGACACGAAAUACAGGACGAGUGUUCUCCCGAAGAAGUGUAUUCACGUGACGAAGGUAAUCUUCCUGACGACCACGAGAAUGACAUGUUCGAGAAAGUCACUCGUCAAAUUUGCAAUCGGAUUGAUGAAAUGGAAGACUCUAUUAAACGUGGAACUAAAGCUAGCAGAGGCGGUGGCGAUGUUGGUUCGCCUUUCAUGGGCGGGUCGGGUGGCGGGCCAGCUGGUGAUGGCGGCGGUGGUGGAUUGAUGCCAAUGUUUCAGCGGCAAAGUUCGCAGCUGAGUGAUGUCAAGAAAAAUAUCGAUGAGUUAAAGAAGUUAAUGUUACGCUUUACAAAGAUGCCUCAGCAACCGCAACAAAAGUCUUCUUACCCGGAUCCAACGCCAGUUAUACACGCACCACCGCCCAUGUAUAACACUUUACAGCAAUCAAGUCCUGCUCCUUCUGGCGGAGGUUACCCUUAUCCACCAAGUAGGUUGGGGUAUACAACAGAUCCUGGUGAGGAAGCAUUCCCGGGUCCAGGUAGAGGUAGAGGAAAGCGACGUCGUCGAGGGAAGCGUGGACCUGGCAGCGGAUAUGAAAGCGACAACUACAGUAUCGCUUCAGAACAGGUACCGAUGCGAUACAUGCCACGCCCUCCUAGUCCAGGGUCGGUCAAGUCAGCUCCUGGUGGUAAAAAGAAGAAUAAAAAGAAAACAUUAACUGGCAGCUGGGAGGAUAUUCGAACAGAUUUACACGUAUGAGUAAAUUUUAUUACGAGUGGUAUAUCAUUCAUAUAGAACUCAUUAAGCGCAUUAAAUCAUUUUGGGUGGAUGGGGUGGAUUGAUCGUCAUAUUAACAGAUGAUUCACUUCCUGAAUUAAAUGUAUACACAAGGUCUUGUACGAACAGUUUCGUACCUUUUUUUUGUAAGCUUUAUAUCUCAACUUUAUUCAUUGUAAAAUUAGCUUGAGUUUAAGUCCGUAUGAGGCUGGAUCAAUGUUCUCAUGAGUAUAGGAAGUAAACUAGUGUUUAAGGAAAUUCUCGUGACCUUCAUAUAAACAGUUAUUUAAACAGCGGUGCGGUGUUUUUCAGUACACUGUAACGAAGUAAUUUUUUACCACAAGACUUUUCGUUGUUUGAGUUCCGUUCUUGUCUGUCUUUUAUAAUAUACUAUGAGAUUAUAUUGACCGACCUGAAUUUUAAAAUUCCUUAUAUUUUUUUAACCGGAAAGAGAGGUUUAUGCCUGGUUGAGCUACUAUAGAGCGAAUGCGAACAGCGCAUUCUGGUGUGUUUUCUCACAUUUCUGACAUAUAAUUUUGUACUUUUAUAUCAACUAUGUUUAAUAACCUGGAAAAUAA